AUGUCUUCCUACCCCAGGUCGUUGGCCGACCUGAAGGCCGGAGAUGAGGCACUUCUGUCAAUCCCAAAUUUCUACGGCUCCCUGAAGGAAUUGCGCAAAUCUACGCUGUCAACCACAAAUCGUCUUCAAUCCAUUGUCCGGGACGCCGACUUUGUUCAAGAAGUGGCCGCAGAAUAUCAACUCCCGCUUAUAGCCAACGAGCGAUGCGGCAGUUGGUAUGUUCCUCCUGAGACGAAAGCUGGUAGCGUAUAUUUCAAAAGCACUGAUGGCCAUACGGGCCAGUGGAGCUUUAACUUGCGAAGGCUGAACCUACAAGUACUCGAUCUCAUUGGACGGCAUGGAGGCUGUAUCAUUGUGGACUCCACACGUCGAGGCAAGGUCAUGCCGGACGCGUUCUCCAAGACAGUACCGAUAUGGUGUGCUGUGAUCAACAGAGCCCUCUUCCCAGAGCAACAGCAAUACCAUCAGUUUCAGCUACCAGGAAUCAAGUUGCCUGCGUCUGAAGUUUCUCAGAUCGAAAGUCGAUUGGACGAUUUUGUAAUCGCAUUUCAACAUCUAGCACUUGACGUAGAAGACCUCCGAAGGAGACUUGGACAGCCCAUGAGGUUGAAAUGGGUCAUCGGCCACGCUACACGUAUACUGCCAGCAGAUGAAAGAAGGGUCAGGCAAGACCAUGCUCUCUGUCAUACUGUCAUCCUAUGUUCGGCUUCCAGGCGUGUGGAUGGUGCUGAGAUGUCGGAAGGAGGCUACAUUCAAGGAGCUGGAGACGAUAGUGAAGGGUGGUCUUCAGGUAUAACGCCACAGAUGUUCUGGAUGCACAAAGACCUGUUGCUACACGCGCAGGAGGACAGGUUUCCAGAGCUGAUCGAGAAGCUUCUCUCCAGUGAACGACAGUUUCCUAAACCUUAUCACGCAACGUUGAUCGCGCCAACGAAGAAUCUCUACAUCGCUAGUUGGACAAACGCUGAGGACCUUCCGGGUUUCGAUUUGGCCAUCAACUGCAACAGCAGCGAUCUCAACCUGCAAGAUAGUGCUAAACAGCUGAAUCUUGAAUGCGGGCCAGGAAAGUUAGGAAGCAGAAACUUGCGGCGUAAGCUGCAAUAUGUCGACUCACGUGUUGCGAGCAUCUUGAUCCAGAAUCCAGCCUCUCAAAUACUGGUCACCUGCAAAACCGGGAAAGACCUAUCGAUUGGAGUGGCGCUGAUGUUGCUCUGCCAUUUUUACUCGUCUGACGCGAUUCCGGCCAGUCCCAGCAAAGACCCAUGA